AUGCUGGAGAUGAUGGAGAUCAACGUUUGCUUGCCCAGUGGUUGCUCAAUCGCUCUGUCAGUGCCAUCCAAUGCCACGGUCAGAGAGCUAAAAAAGGCCGCCAAAGAGUUUGUUGGAGGCCCCUUCUUCCAGAUCAUCACCUCCCAUCGACGGCGCCUCGAGCCGGCCGAAGCUCUUCUGGACACGCUUCGCAGUGGAGAGACCGUCACCGUGGUUCUGGAAUCGAAAGCCUUGCUGCAUCGCCCUGGACUGCUUUCUGAACAGGUGACCAGGAUCGCGCCUCCGCCGCACAUCGGCUUCUGGCAGCGGCAGGAGCCGCCGCCGGGUGUCUUCAUGCCGACGGACAUGGCGCCUGUGCCAGCGCCCGCGCCCGCGCCCAUGGCCGCGUACACGGUGGGGGUGCCGUCGUCGGUGGAGCCGAUGGCUCCACCGGGGCCGAGCGCUGCAGCGGCCAGGCCAACGCCCACUUCUUCGGCCCAUGCGCGGAUUCCCCCCACUUCUUCGGCCCAGCGCGCAGGUGGGGCCGGUCGAAGCGACGGGGACCCGGGCUUCAGCGGUGCGGAGCGGAGAGGCCCUUCGACCUUGGCCCCGCCGGAGGCGUCGCCGCCGGCGACUCCGGCGUCGCCGCAGGAGUCGCCGGAUGAGGGGCGGACGGCCUUGGAUUCGAUGAUCGACGAGCAGACGGCGCUGGACAAGAUCAUCCAGGAAGCCCAGCAACGGGAGGACGAGGUGCCAGCGACAGGACGAAUGGGAGAGGGUGGUACAGGCAUCGCCCGGCCUUCCGACCGCCUGGCCCCGGGCGCCCCUCGACGCAUCGGACAGGCCGACGACGAGGCGUCUCGCCGCUCCCGGCCUCCGCCGGAGCCGCCCGGCCCUCCGCCCUGGCACCGCCCAGCGGAGCCGCCGCCGGAGCCGGAGCCGCCGGAGCCGCCGCAGCCGCAGCCCGAGCCGCCCAGCGAAGCGCCGGGGCCGCGGAACGCCUAUGCGAUGGAUCCGUAUGAUGAUCCCUACGGCGAGUGGGACGACCGUGAUCGCGAGGGCCCUCCAGGCCAAGGCGACGAGGAAGAGGCACGGCGGAAACGGAAGCACCGCGUCUUGGUCGAAGUGGAUGAGCCAGGUCCGUCUGCCGAGCUCGAACGGCCGAGGGGCCCAGAGGAGUCGCAGUGGUCGUUCGGGUCGCCAGGUUCGGUUCGGCGCCGCAGCACCUUCCAGCUGACGAUGUUCUUCGAUGACCUCUACGAAGACUUCGGCGCGGAGGAUGAAGAUGAGGACGCUGCCUUCUUUGAUGGCGCUCCAGCCGAGCCAAUGGAGGAGGACGAUGAUGACACCCAGGUCUAUGACUUCGAUGACCCGGGUGAUGGUGGAGGACCAGCACGGCCGUUCCGACUCUAUGAGAGGAAGCUCAAAGACGCUCAGGUCCCGCCCUACCCGGACGAGACACGAGCGGUCAAGCUGCUCGAUGGCCUACGCCUCGACGAACGAGCCACUUCGCAACUGCUCUUGGCUGCAGGCAAUCGAUACAGCUUUCAAGCGCUGGUUGAAGCGAUCCACAUCCAAUAUCCAGCGGGGCUGACGCUGACGGGGAUGUCACGACAUCCAGCCAUGCCUGCAGAUGACGACCCAGUUGAGGAGGUCUUCAUGACUGCCGGUGAUGAAGUCCAGCAGUAUGAGGACGACCCGAACGACGACACCUUCGAUUACCAGUUCGCUGACUAUGAUGAGCAGGCUGAAGAUGCAGCCGCAGCUGAGGAGUUCGAGCCUGAUGAACUCCCUGAGUAUGAGGCCGGUGAUGACGCCGGCGAUGAACACCAGGCCAUGACGGCCACGAGCAAGCGCCUGGCUGCAACCAUGCAGUCAAGGGGCUACUAUACCACCGCCAAAGACAAAGGCAAGGGCAAGGGCCACGGAAAAGGCGCUGGCAAGGACAAGGGCUUUGGCAAGAAGGGAACUACAUCCUCUUCUUCGUCUACGACCACUUCCAAAGGAAAAGGGUCCGGCAAGUCCAAAGCCGGCUCAAAGGGUGGGAAGUCCAAGAUGAACCCCACUCAGCGGCAACGCAUGCAGGCAAGUCUCUGCCUGGGUUGCGGUGCCUCAGAUCACUGGCUUCGCGAAUGCCCACAUGUCACACAGCACCAAGCGCAUGUGUGCUCAGCUUCAUCCACCUUGGAUGGAGAUGGCACUGUGGUUUGGAUGGCAAGCCACAACAAGAUGCCGGGCUGGCAGCCUGAGCCUGACCCAACACCUUCAUCGUCUUCGGCACCAUCCACUUUGAGCCGCCGAGACGAGGAAGAGCCACCACCACCUCCUCCAAGGAGGGAAUUGCCAGCGGAGGACACCCUGCCGCCCUGGGAGGCCUUGGUUCCAGAAGGAUGGAAUCCUGACGACUAUGCCGACUACGAGGACGGCAUGGCCUUCUGGAGGCAAGAAGCUCAGAGCUUGAACGCUCUCAUGGAUGAGAACGGCAACAUCCCAGGAAUGAGGGAGCUUCCUUCGCCAACAGGUUCUUUUCGAACCGCGCGGGCCACAGAGUCCGACUUCGCUUCAUGUGCACCCAGUCGGGCGCCCAGCGAGUUUCAAGACGCUCAGAGCGAAGCUCCGAGCGAAGCAACGCUGGAAGGCUACUUCUCGGAACCACCUCAGUAUCCGAACUUGGCCAACAUGACGCCUUCGCAGAGCUGGACUCAUCAGCAGAUCCUGCAACAGCAAGUCGAGGACCAGGUGCAACGUCGACUCCAAGAGAUUGGUCCGCAAGUGGAGGCAGAGACUGGGAUGAUGCGCUGCGCGCCUCAAGAUUCGUUUUUGAUCAAUCUUGCGCGACUGCAAGAAGAUGAGCGAUUUGCUGAUCUCGAGCGAGUGGGUGCUCUUGACGACAACGGACAUGUGCUGGUAGCCUUCAAUACCCCGAUGAACAGGCACCUGCUGCCUGUGCCUGAUGUAUCUCGGCAAACUGGAGCAUCCUUAGCCAAACUUCUUGAUCAACAUUUCGCAGUGUAUGACCUGGCCGGUUUUGCGAUUCUAGACUUGGAGGAGGAACCGGUAGAGUUUCAGAAUGGCGAAGCCAAUCUCGAGCAGAUUCCAGGUACCGACAAAUAUGUGCAGGUGAAGCGACAGCAGAUUGUACUCCGAAAGGUGCCACCCAAGCGGAAAUCCUUGGAUGUUGAUGAUGACCAGCGAAGCCUUGGAGAUUGGGGAUUCGACCCGACGCAUCAUGCUAUUCAAAUCUAUCCGGAGCAGGUAAAGUUAUCCUUCAUCUUGGAACAGGGCGGAUACGAUGCAGGCCCAUCAGACAAAGCAUCACCAGAUAGCAAUGUGCUUGUUCACUCGGUGACGACAGACUUGAUGGACACUGUCAGACUUCGUGAUGAUCCCUUCGAGGAUGAUGACCCCCUGGAGGAAGAUGCACAACAUAGAUCAGAAACUGCAGGAUCUAUUUUGGAGAUGUACAAGAAGAGAGCUAAAGAAGUGACACAUAGUCUGCAGCAGGCCAUGGUCCAGGAACAUAUUCCUGCGAUUCGUUCCUUCACUGCUGUGGCUGACGAGUUGUUGACCACCACCCUCGAUGAUGGAAGCAAUGUUGUCCGAGGAGAUGUGCGUUCCUCGCUUUCACAGAAGAAGCGCAAGGGGAUGGAGGCCCUGAAGGUGUUUCACGAGUACAGCGAGUUGGAAUUGAAAGAUUGGCGCUAUCGAAGGCAAGCCUUGCGGCUCCAGCAUGUGACAAACACCUUUGACAAUGAUCAAAAAGCCGUCAUAUGCACCAUGUUCAAUGCUCUACACAAACAUCGACAGUUUCACGGACUGGCUAGUCAGUAUGGACCUGUGUGUGAUGCACCUGCAGCAUGGGAAUCUGUGGAUCGCAUUCUUCGAAAUGAUGCACUUGCCGUGAAACGCGACAGGGUUGCAUUUCUCCAUUUAGCUAUGUUCUUUUUGCUGCAUCAAAAUCAGGAGGCUGAGCUUUCCCCACUAUACCGGUUUGCUGCUGACUGGGUAUUUGCUCUGCAAGCCAUGGGAGCAUUCUUAUUCAGCAUCUAUUUCGAAGAAGAUGUAGCUGCUGGCCGGGCCAUUUGUAUUGAAUCAGGUUUGCCGGUAGAUCUUCGUCGAGAUGACGAACAGUUUUUGUUAUAUUUCUAUUUUGAACCUUCUGGACAAGCCCGGGUCACUUUACUGAAUGAUGUCCGAAACUGGUCUGGUGCUUUGCAACUGCGGGACUUGGAGCCACCAAUCCGCAUCCCUGGUUUUUGUCGACAAAGAUGCUUCCAUGUCGAGCAAGAUUUGUAUGAUCCCUCUGACGUCCAAGUUCAAGGUGCCGCCUUUCUGUCCUUUACCAUCUUAGACUUUGCAAAGGAAUUCCAUUGGCAGCGCCAGCAGCUUGGCUCUCUGAUCUCAAAAACAGAUGAAGAGAUGGCUGAGUACUGGCUUGCUGGGCACAAUGGUGCCUCGUCUGCAGGCUUGCUUCCAAACAGUGAAGCUUCACGCAAGUGGAUAGUGCGUCUCGCGAACCGCAGGCAGCGCGCUCUCUUGGGGCGCUGGAACUUGGGCCUGCGUCAUACAGAGGUUGCAUAUGCUUCGUCUCGGAAGCAUGUAAGAAUGACCAAUGAUCGAUCAAUUGAUGCUGUGCAAGAACUCUGGGGAAGUAAAGGUUCGGAGGGAAUCAUGCCCAUAUCCCUGGAGCCUCCAAAUGAUGCGAUGGACUGGGCAUUGGAAGGCUUCUUGCAGCAAUGUCUUCAAGAUGGGAAGGAUGACCUCGGACUAGAAGAGGAGGGCAUUGCAGUCUUGGCUGUUUGCACAGAGGAGGAGCUGCUUGUUGAAGUUGCGCAGCAACGUCCUGAACUUGCCUGGCUUUUAGACCCCACGCUUCGACAGGAACAGGAACGACGCGCGGAAGAGAUUCGAUCCCAUUGGAACCGCUUGGGCGUUGAAGGUCCAUCAAGAAGAUGGCUGAAACGGAAGCAGGAGACGGCUGCUCCUGCGCUAGAGGCUCCCGGCAAAGGUCCUUCUGCCAAGGACGAGGUCCAAUCAAUGCUCGAGGUGCUCUCUCAGAAGCGAAUGAAGUUCCGCCGGGUCCUCCGAGGAGUGCGGCUGCUGCAGCGGUUGGAGCUUUUGUCCAGUGAGAAGCUACGGGUCUUGACGCAUGGAUCGCACAUGGUUUUCCAUGGACCUGGUGGGGCAGCAACAUUGGUUCGAGAGCACAAAGGUCCAAGGCUGAGCCGGAAGAGGAGCCGGCUGGGGCUUGGUCCAGAGAGGGGCACUGAAUGCAGUCCUCAGGCAGUGCCAGACGACGAGUUUGCGCAGUUCUGCCGGGCCAACUUCCGAGCAAGUCAGGAAGAACGGGUGGUCUACGAGGAGGUGGUGGAGGAGCCCGUCAGGCAGGUCAUCGAGACGAAGGGCGAGCCGGAAGGUGAAAGACCUGCGGAGAGCCAGGAGAUCGGUGAGAAGAAACGUGCUGAUCCGCGACCGCCCUUGCCCAGGCGAAAGAGGGCCAAGCACGACCAGGAGCGCGGUUCCACGGUACGUGCGGACGGGGACGUGCGGAAGGUGCCGAAGGCGUCCGAGCCACCGGGCCGCGAGGCCCGCCCUCGCACCGUCUUCGCCCGCGAGGAGGAGGUCUUCAGCACCUCAUUUCUCCGGUCAAUUCGUGGGACCCGAGAGCCUCCGGAGCGUUUGGAGGCACCAAGCCCUCCGCGAACGGCGCCGAGCCCUCCGCGCGAGCCGCCGCCCUUCCCGGGCCCGUUUGGAGUAUCUUUCUUGCAGAUGAUCUCCUCGAAUGGCCAUCUCUUAGACGUUCAUGAAUCCAUCGAAGAUGCCAAGCUCUAUGACGGAGAUACAGUGACAGUGAUUCUGCAAGAAGCCCAGCUGGCAGCCACAGGAGAUGCUUUUGCAUUCUAUGGCAGAGAUAGGGUCGUGACCUGGGGUUCAGAGAGUUCUGGUGGUGAUAGCAGUGAGGCCCAAGAGCUGCUGACGGACGUGCGCGAGAUCAAAGCGACCUCGACAGCCUUCGCAGCCAUUUUGGCUGAUGGACACGUGGUAACCUGGGGUCUGGAGGAUUAUGGAGGUGACUCGGGACAGGUUCUAGAACAGUUGAAAGAUGUCAAGAUGAUUGCAGCUACAGGGGCCAGCUCGGAUCCUCCACCUCCACGUGGUGGCCCUGGGCCCUUCUUGACGAGGAAGGGUGCGAAGUUUAGAGGAUCCACACUCCUGGGGGAGAUCCCGCUGCCUUUGCAUACGUUUCACGUCAUGGACAUUUUGUUCGUGGAUGGCUUCUCCAUUGACUUGAACUUCGGCAGCUCUGUGGUAGUCUUGCCUGACUUUGUGUUGGGCCCACCUUAUCCUUCGCGGCCCAUUGACUACGUGGGUCAGCAUACCUUACGUUCGCUCACCCUGAUCCUGUCCGGUGAAGCCAAAGAUACCGAAGGGGCUAAGCACACUCGUCUCACUUUAUCACGAGGCAAGGCCCCGCAAGCCGACUUGAAUUGCUACAAUUACGAUAUCGAAGAAGAUAUGACAAUCACCUUUGUCAAAGCACCCACAAAGCCAGCCAAGGCUGUGUGGGAAAAGUCAUUACGAGGCGUUCCUCGCAAUUGGCACCAAGGCAAUUCCACUGAUUCGUCUUCCGUUCGAGGACCUCAGCUGCCUGCGACCGCCGGAAAGGCUCGGACAGUGAUCAAUGAAGGGACUGAGCCCAGCGAACGAGAACGUAGCCCUCGACGAUUCCAAGGAAGUACUUCCAAUGAACCCAAGAUCGAUGGCAACCAUCGAUGCCCAACCAACCCGGACGAAGCAUGCAAACAGGGUUGGUCCCUUGCCGAUUAUGGAGGCAAUGGUGAUUGCUGUUUCCGAGCAGUGGCCGGCGCCCAAGCCUGGGCACAGCAGUCCGAAAACAUGUCCAAAGACGCUGCGCGCUUGGCCGGAGCUCAACUGCGUAUGCUGGCCAUGAAGCACGCUCGCAAGCACCAAGACCGACUUCGAGCAUUUUGGGCUUUGGACGCAGAAGAAACCACUUCUGAACGUUCUGAAAAGAGUCCAGCAACCCGUGAUGCGCUCCGCGACCGCGCGCCAAGCUUUCGUACCCAGCUCACUAACCGCAGUCGGGCCGCAACGAUUCGAUCUACUGCUGCUCCGGCUGCUGACGUGAAUGACUCUGGUGAGCCACAGUUAGCUAAAGCUCAUAAUGUUCCUGAUCAGUACACAUGGACUUGCAAUUUGUGUUGCCAAGUGUUGCGAAAUCGACUCAAGCGAUCCCUGGCCUGUUCCAGGCGGCGUCACAUUGCAAAAUCUCAUCCUGGAAAGGCCCGACUGGUCCGACCAGCUUUCAAACAGCACGCUCAGCUGGCCUCAGCCAGCUCAGCGAUCCCCGUUUCACAGCGUGCGUGGGAAUGUCCCAAGUGCCACCAGGGCUUGCCCUGGAUGCCAAAAACAGCUUUGCGAGCAAGCCAGCUGGCCCAUGAAAAAGCUUGCUACAAUCUGUCUGCCAGACAAAUGCGGAAACGCUGCUAUAAGCGUGCGUCUUGGCAAGCCAAGCAUCAGAAGCUCCAAGAGCAAAACGCAGCCGCAAAGCGUGGCAAGACAGAUGAGGCCAUUCGCAUUUACAACCAAACUGGCCCCGGGUUUUGUUUUCGAAUUCCCGCUGCACGCUUCGGUCAUAAGCAGGAUCACUGCAGCUGCGCUCGUUGUACCUUAGUUGCCCAGAAGUGGAAAGACAUCCGCCUUCACCGCUGUACAGGUCCCGAGAGCCGUCAGAAGGAGUCCUUGGAAGCCGUUUUGGCAUUUUGGCAAACUGUUUGGAACAGGGACAGGAACUCCUCACCCAAGCCAAAAGACAAGAUGGCAGUGCCGCUGGCGUUGAUGGCUGGAGCGGCAGUGAAAUUUCCAGCUGGCUUGGAAGGCAGAGGUGUGGCCGAGGCUAUCGACACUUUGCUGCAAGAGUUCGAAAAGCCAAACGGCGGAGUGCUGGUAAGCCUUGAUUAUGCUAAGUGCUUCGACACCAUUAACCCUGCAUUUGCUUUGCGGUGUCUCGAACACGUUGGGUGUCCAAAGGAAAUUUUGGCCGCCUUGCAAAUGGUCUGGAAGCAAGAGCGGUGGCUUUGUUUUCAGGGCGACAUUUUGCCCAAAUCAGUCGACGUCUCCACGUCCAUUCCCCAGGGAGACGCCCUUUCCCCUCUGACUUUGCUGGCCGUGAUGGCUGGAUUGACUGGUCGAGUGCUGCAAAAAGAGGGAAACCACACACUGGUGACAUUUCUAGACGAUCGGAACUUCGUGACCAAAACCCCUGAGCGAGAAAUCCCCGAGGCCUUGGCCUCGCAAAGCCAGCAGAGGAACCUGGUUGGGCACCGUGAGACGGGGCCUCUUCCCCUGCAGGUGCGAGACGAGCUGCGGUCGGUGCAGCAGAUCUGUGCGACGAGUGGUGCCUUUGUGGCCCUCCUGGCGGAUGGCUCGUUGAUCAGUUGGGGUCAUCCUGACUUGGGAGGUGACAGUACAGAGGUCCAGGAGGAGCUUCGAAGACUUCAAGGUCCAGCCUCGCACGACUUCGAGGUCCAGGCGGUGCGGAUGGUGCCGAGCCAGUGGAUGCCGAAGAAAAAGGAAGGACGAGAGUUCUGCUGGGGUGUGGGUGUGUGA